GCGCAUUUCUGCUACUAGCGAUCGGGUUUUUGGCUAUAACAACGGCUACGCUUGUAAAAGUUUUUGAGCCCUACAACUUAAUAUUUAAAUGGAAGUUAAUAAUGACGGAGGGAGGUGAAAUCUUUAAACUUUGGGCACAGCCUCCAGUCGAUCUGUAUAUUAAGAUAUAUCUGUUUAACAUAACUAAUGCUGAGGCCUUUCUAGCGGGUCGGGAGCAGCUUAAAGUCGAACAAGUUGGUCCCUAUGUGUACAAGGAGAUUAUGACCCACGAGAACGUCACCUUCAAUACAAAUAACACUAUGUCCAGCACUCCCAGUCAUCCCUUGGUUUGGCAAGAGCAAAUGUCAGGCGGUUAUCAUGAGGACGAUGAAGUUGUAAUGCUGAAUAUUGCCAUGUUGGCCAUAUCACACUUAACUGCAAGCCAACCGUUCUUAGUUAGAAUGGCUUUAAAGACACUGCUCGUCAGCACAAAGUCCGAGCCAAUAGUUCGAACCACUGCCAAGGAAUUUAUGUUCGGUUACCCCUCGGCUUUGGCCACUCUGGGAAAUACUUUUCUUCCGAAUUGGAUACGCUUUGAGAAAGUGGGUCUCAUCGAUAGAAUGUACGACUUCACUACGGAUUUCGAAACGUUCUACACAGGCGUGCCCAAUCCAGCGCUUUCGGGAUUAUAUGCAACAUACCGUGGAGAAACAAAACUACCACAGUGGGAGGGGAACCACUGCAGCAACAUAGAGUACGCCUCAGAUGGAACAAAAUUCAAAAGCUUUAUUCAGUCGAACGAAACAGUUAAGUUCUUCAGAAAAAGCAUGUGCAGACCUAUCAACUUGUACCGUGUGGGCGAAGAGAAAACCUACGGCAGCCUGAAGGGAUAUAGCUAUGUAUUUGAGGACAACGCGUUUGACAAUGGUGUAACCAACAAGGCCAACAAAUGUUUCUGUAGAAGAGGUAAGUAAGCAUGGCUGGGCUCAGA